AUUUAUUAAUCAAUUACUGAUUAUAAAAGUAUAUUUAAUUACAAUGUUUAUGUUCUAACAGAUCAAAUAUCAACUGCUUUCGGAGGUAAAUUAUUAAAUAGUUUCCUUUUUAUUAUAUGCUAAAAGUAGAAUAUUUUCACAUGCCGGGUUCAGACUCGUAAACUCGUGACUCGUAUAUUUUCCGAUUAUACACUAAUACCCGAAAUUAACAUGAUUAAUCGGCUAUUUAACAUGAAUUUCCAAGUAAACCAUUCACGCAUUUCGUGUAUUUGACGAAUACCCUCUAUAUCUAAAUAAUCGGUAAGGACACAAAUAUUCUUCAUAACCUCAAACAUGCGCUAUGAUGAAGUGAUACAAUAAAUAACCAGAGACGAAUUCAGGAUCAAAAUGUAGGACAGGCCUAGUUAUAAUUAUUGAUUUUAUAUAAGUAAGUACCUUUUUUUUUUUUUUUGGACAUUUUUCAUAACAUUUUUACAUUUUUAACUCUUACGCUGAAAAAAGAAGUAGAUGACUCGUUAAAAGUCGAGGUGACAUUUAAUUUUUAAAUGUUCGAUUGUUUGAUCUAUUAUACCAUCAUCGUCGUUGUAUGUUCUUGUGGAUAUCUGAAUAAGUUUGAAAAAUUGGCUGAUCAUUUUAUUUUAACUUAAUUAAUUAUCAACUUAUAAGGAAAAUAAAAUAAAAAUGGAUUUAGAUUAUUCUAGUAAUGUACAUAAUCAAAAACAAAGACAAAAAGAUUACCUCGAUCAGCUCAGUUACUACAUGUUUAGUGUUUACGAGUACACACCGUGGCACGUAAUAAAUCCAAUAGUAGUUAGACAAAAAAAUAACAUUUAUAAACCAUAUUCAUUAUAUUACAUCAACAUCAAAUGACUACCUUCAAAUUGUUCAUAAAUAAUAAAAUACAAAGCUUUUUAUAUAAUUUUUUUUCCGAAAUAUACAAAUUUAAUUCAAAUAUGAAUAUUGGUAUUCCUCAUCCCUAUGAGCAAUUAAAAAAAAAAAACAGAAUUUGAUUAUCUUUAUAAUUCCUGAAGAUAUUACAAUAGGUAUAUCAUCACAAAACAAUCUGUUUAUGAAUUAAAUAUUUUACAAAAUAUACGUAAGUAUUCAUGGGUAAUCGCUUUGCCUAUUUUAAAUCUAUAUUUCACAGAUAUUUUUUUUUUUUGUAGGUUGUACAACUUUCAAAGAAUGUGCCAUUUUUGCAUACAAAUAUGUGGGUAAGUAUUUUAAAUAAUUAACUCGUGACAAAUGAUUAAUUUGUGAGUCUAAAAUAUUUUUUGUUUAUUAUCGUUCCAAAAUCCCAAAGCACAGCAUUUAAUUUCAAAUUACCAAUUCUCGGAUAUAGGAAUCCUAUGAAAUGGGAAUGUAAUUUUUUAGAUCACAAAUAUCACAACAAAUCUUAAACUGAUUAAUUUAAAUUAAAUUGAGUUGAUUUUAUUACAGUGAAAGGUCAUCUGAAGAGUAAGUUGAUAUUUGUGUCUUAAAUGUUGAACGGAAUUUAUUACGUCUAAUAAAUAAUGGUAUNCAGAUAUAGGAAUCCUAUAAUAUAGAAAUGUAAUUUUUUAAAUCAAAAAUAUCACAACAAAUAUUAAACUGAUUGAUUUAAAUUAAAUUGAGUUGAUUUUUAUUACAGUGAAAGGUGAUCUGAAGGGUAAGUUGUUAUUUGUGUCUUAGAUGUUGAACGGAAUUUAUUACGUCUAAUAAAUAAUGGUAUGCAAAAAUUAACUUAAAUCCAGCCGUAUUAAUAAUAAUCAUGUUAAAAUUAUUUAAUUAUUUAUAUAAAAUUAAAUAUUAGUAGGAAAAGUGGCGUCCCCACCUUGACCGUAUUUUUCAACUGAACGAUAUUGCUUCCGAAUUCGAUAUGAUACAAUGCCAACCACUUAAUGCAGCAAGAGUAACAAUACGUUACUUCACAGUUUAAGACCCCUCGAAGUUGCCUAUGAAAUUUAAACCAAUAUCAACCCAAAAAGGCACUCGGUUUAAAUAAGAUCUAUCCACGCAUAACUAAAGAACUUUUAAAGAAAGUCACUGUUCUUUUUACUAGUAUAUAUACUGCUAUUAUACCAACAUAAUAUAUCCUAAAGCAAUUUAAAAAUGCAAUGCGACUAAUUAUGUUAUUGAAACCAGGUAUCCACCAGAAAAAGCUCAUUCUUAUACAGACCAAUAUCUCUUUUAUCAAGUUUGCCGAAGCUCUUUGAAAAGCUUCUUCUCAUUCAAUCAAAACCACUAAUAGAGAAAAGACACUUCAUGCCUGAUCAUCAAUUUGGAUUCCAAAACUCAAUGAACUUUAUAACACCACAAACGUUACUAGCAAGCCUCUGAAAGAAAACAAAAUAUUGCGGUGGAGUAUUUCCAGACGUAGCUCAAGCUUUUGAUAAAGUUUAGCAUAAAAAACUACUCAUGCAACUACGAGAACAAUUGUUGCAAACCUGGUGCGCAUUUCUUGAUUUUUACUUGACUGAACAGUUUCGAGUCAUUCAUAAAGAAGCGAUAACAAAUUAGAGGAAUAUAUCGGCUGGAGUACCACAAGGUAGUAGUUCUAGGACCUUAACUUUAUCUGCUUUACACAGCCGAUAUCCCUACAAACAACAAAUCAAUGACCGCUAUGUUUGCUGGCGAUACGGUAAUUUUAACGACCAAUAAGGAUCAACACAGGCUGAGACUGAUUACUUACAGAUCUCAAUCAACAACAUUUUAAAUUAGACAAGACAUUAUAAAAUUCUAAUUAAAAGUAACAAUUCAGUGCACAUAAAUUUUACUUUGCGCAAAACUGAGGAUAUCCAAGUGUCACUGGAUCACACAAUAAGCCUACAAAAAGAUUUAGCUAAAUACUUUGAUAUGCACCNUGACUCUUCGGAAGCGUCAUAUUUGUCAAAAAAAAUUACAAAUCAAGAAAAAAAUUCACAAAUUGUACUGGUUAGUUGGAAGGACAUUCCAAACUAGAUUUGCAAACAAACGUCUAUUAUACGUAAUGACAGUUAAACCAAUAUGGAUGUUUAAUCGCCAACCACGGACCUGUCUGGCGCCGUCGAGGUAUACAAAGUCGACUCGCAACGUCGAAAUUCGAGGAGAAUAGGUGACCAAAAACAAUAAUGUCUCACGCAAUAAUAUAGGUAUCCGUUACGGAAAUAUUGGUAGUAAACACACGAUAUCAGUUUACACCCAAAUAACAAAACAGCAACAACAAUGGUAACAAUAACGGCUACAACGACGGGCGGUGCCAUUCCUCACACGCCCACGAUACCGGCGUAGACGUACACCGCGUACUCACAACAUUACGUAACGCGAUAUGAUUUAUACGACCGCGAGGCACAAAUCACACAAGUACGUCGAUCGGAAAAGGAGACCCGGACAAAAUCACAAAAAGGCUGCCAAUUAAUACGCACGAUGGCAAUAUGUAUAUAUCGCCAGCUUUUUUUUAAAAUUUUUUUUUACAAACAGAUUUCUGCCAUCACCGCCCAACGUCCAUACUCGAGUUAUUUUGAUCAACCCUUUUUUUUUCUAAAUUUUUUUUUUUCUGUUGCUGCUAUUAGUUACCCGCCGCAUGGGUUUUCUUAUUUCUUUUUACGAAAUUAAUUAUAAUCUAGACUAGGAUCAAACUCUGUGUUUAAUUCUGUCAACUCUAUUUCAUCUUCGACCCUUUUCACCAUUGAUAAUAUACAUGAUAACCAGUUUAUACAAUAUUAUUACUCACUAAUACAAGUAACCGCGAUAACAAUUGUAAUAAAAAUAUCUAGAGUACCUAAAAAAUGACCUACGAAAAAUUAUCUGCCUAAAGUACCUCCCCACACAGAUUAUUUUUCAGAAAGGUUGCUAAAAUUAAAAAUCGAAGCAAGAUUUCUGGUGAAAAUGUUGUCCACAGAAAAAAAAAUAAACAUCUUUGUAAAACUAUAAGCUUCUUCGCUCCACUCAAAAUUUAAAAAUAAGUAUUGUUAUAAAUAAAAUUAAGUCCAAAAUACAUGCUACACACAGACGAAAUUCUUAACAACCAUAACUAUAUCUAAGAACACGAAUUUGAGGCUUAUGUGGCUAGUAUAAGAUCGACUAUCACGUAUGGCUGUGAACCUUGGACGAAAACCAGGCAAACAGAGAGAAACCUGGGAACUUUUGAGAACAUCAUCAAUCUAUCAUCGAUGAAACAACUGGGAACGGGCGGAAGAGAUUAAACAAAUAAAUGUGCAAUAUGAUGAAACUAGCACCAGUAAUGAGCUUCGUUUUAGGCCAAAGAAUACAAUGGUUAGGUCACAUAAUGAUAAGAGGAGAGAACGAUAAAAUUAGCAAAGCACUGGAGUGGAAACCACAGAGUAAAAAGCCUAGAGGAAAACCUGGAAAAUAUUGAUCGACAUAGUGGAGGAAGAUCUGAUAACCCUUGAAACUUAACCGCUACCACCGUAUCAUCAACGUGACGCAUAUCGCGCUGCGACGACAACCGCGGUUGUCUUUUGAAAAUCUAAACAAUCAAAUUGUAGAAAAAACCCUUUGUCAUGCACGACUAGAGCUCGUCUUGAUUCAGAAUAUACCAAGCUUAUCCCCGUACGUUUAGCCGUUGUCGAGAAAUCGUAUGGAUAACAGACAAGAUUCGAAGUUAAAUAAAAACCUUAAACAACACGGCCGCGUUUAAUAUAUUAAGUACGUUGUGGAUAUUAUAAAUUAAUAGUUAUAGAUAGCUGCUGCUUCUGCUCAUUACUCCGUGUUCCUUGCAACCUAUUAAGUUAUUAACCAUAUUAUAGGUAUAGCUCCUACUUUUGCUCCUGAAAAUCCAAAGCAUAUCUUUUUAUACUAUUGGGUAGGUCAAGGAAAAGCAGGAAAAUUUAGGUACAAAACACAUUAUUUUCAAACCGUGAAUAUUACGGCCUUUCAAAAUAUGUAUAACCAAACUCGAAAUCGUUGUGUACAGAUAUACAUUAAAUUUGUCUCUUCAUCCUACCAUGCAAAUUCACAUCUACAAUAGUGGCACAACCAUCAUGCGAAGUUUGUCUUUCUUUAUCUGUAAACAACUUUUUUACCAAGAAUUUCUGAUAAUAAAAAAUUGUACCAAUUCCGAAAUUAAAUUUUACCUGAAUAUUACAUUGGAAAGGGAAAUUUUUGAUUCUUUCAACCGGUUUCCAAAAUAUUUAGGAAUAUUCGGGAAAUAAGGUAGGAAAAACGAAAAAAUUUACAAAAUUAAUAAACUCACAAAAUAGUCUGCGACUUAAAAAAAAAAAAAUCACAAAAUCAAUAUUUUUUUUAAAUUCAAAAUCAUAAAAAACUGCUAUCGAUAUUUUGUCUGAAAUCUACCGCUUCUUAAAUCAUAUUACAAUUACCGUCCUGGGGUAAUUUUACCUAGUUAAAUGUGUCAACAAAUCCAUGAAAUAAUUCAGACUUUUUGGAUUAUUUCGAAUAGAAUCUCAUUAACAAAGUAUUUUUAUUCAAAUUACCAUCACUGGUUACGGAGGCAUUACACCACCAAAUUAUAUGUCAUGUAUUUACUUUGCCGUAGAUUCCCUUUCCCCUACUAACAUCACCGACAAUAUUAUACCCAGUAGAUACACAUAUUAAAAAAUUAUCACACUAAAUUUCAAUUUAAUAGAAAAGAAAUAAAAUAUAAACCUUUAUUAUUUAUAUAAUAUGCUAAAAUACGAUUACUAUUACGUUGAGUUCACUAACAAAUAGUAACAAAAAUUCUGAAGUGUAUAAAGGUACCAAAAUUUAGACUAUUAGUACAUGUGCGAGUUUUUAUUUUGAAUGAUUUUUUUGUGAAAAUCUUAGUUUUAAGAAUUUAAAUUUGUAUUAAAAAUGUUAUUAACUAUUUUUGUUGAAAAACAUUUUCGUAAAUGUAUGUUUGUCGGUUUUAUUUUAAAUUGGUUUCCAAAUCGAUUUUUUUUUUUAAACAUGUUGUUAUUUAAUAGGAUUUAGGUAAUAAAUUACUAAAAAACUCCCUCAUAUAUAAUAAUAUUUUCAUUUUAACAUCGUAUACAAACUAAAAUUACUUAAGUCUUUACUAACUAGAACUGAACUCCGCUCAGAUGGUUAGGUUAACCUAACCUAACAUCAGAAUCAUUUUUCGUUAGCAAUGAUUAANCGUUGCGUACAGAUUUACAUUAAAUUUUCCUCUAUUUCCUACCUUACUAACUUCUCACCUACAAUAGUGUUCCACCAUCGUGUGAAGUCACCAUGUGAUAGUGAGAUUUCUUGCGGAAGAUAUUUUUCUCGUUUUACAGUCAUAAUUUUUUAGUAAGUUUAGUUAGUUUUCCCAGUUUUAGCUAUAAUUAAUUUUACCCAACUUCUAACGAAACAAUGUUAAUUUACACAGUGUAAAUAAGUAAUAGACCUUAACGGUUAUGUGGGCUUGCACUGUUGCAUAUUUAACAGAAAAUAAAUAUACCAGUGAAUUAUGUCAUUGGGAGAUUCUCUUAUAUGAAAAACCGGAGGUUAGACUCUGUAUUGUAAAUUUAUAACAUGCAUUGUAAUAUUAUAAUUAAUAAAAUGUAAAUUUCUUAUUUUAUGUCUUGAAAUGUUAUAUUUUACAAAUAUAUAAUAGAGCCCGAUUCCUGUAUCUAUUAAUAAAAUUGUUGUAGCGGUGACCUAAGGUACUUUUUAAAGAAUUUUCUUCUUUAAGAGUGGGUGAAAAUAAAACUAUCACAGAAAAGUCUACCUAAAUCAUACUAUGCCUACUAUUGUUAAAUAAAUUACACAAUGUGUAAAGCUAAAAUCCGUAGCUUGUAAAAUAAUUUUAGUAGAAAUAUUUAUAACCAGUUGACACGACAUGGGAGCGUGGUCAUGACUGGUUCCCGUGGGUCAGGUAGGAACGUCAACAAAAUCACAACAACUUAAGCAAUGCUAAUAUUCUUAUAUUACGCUUAACAACAAAAUACACUUUAUCAGUCGCAGACAAUUUGUUCACAUUGAAGGGUGGUGCGAGAGAGACGCGUUAUCACUGAAUCGUUGCGUCGUCCACGGGCGUUCGCAGUUGUAUGGGUGGGAAAAUAACCGCCGCGAUUGGUCGUGCAAUAAAAUAUCAUGCUGCUGAUCAAACCGUGGUGGAGUGCCUUUUUUAGAAGAGGAAAAGGUGGGAGUUAAAACCUGUGGCCAUCCCUCUAACCCUCCCCCCCUCCACCUAGUAUAAUUUUUGUAUGUCAAUAUUUGAUGGCACUAGAUUUUUAAUUUUUUUUUUUUUUUUAAGUGAGGGGGUUGGCCACAGGUUUUAACCUCCACCUCCUCUUCCCUUAAAGAAGGGACUAGUUAUAAAUAUGUCUUUUAAAAUUUUUUUACAAGCUGCAGAUUACACAUUUAUGCAUUGUGCACUGCAUUAGUCGUAUUUAUGGAAGAGGAGUAUUGAGAAUUUCCCCACCUAGAAACACAUAACUUCAAUGAUAUUUAUGGGCUUGGUAUGUUUAACGUGGACUUUGCUGUGAUAGUUGUAUAAAUUUACCCCCUCUCGGGUUCAGUACUAAAAUUACAAGGUUGUGGCGGUGAGACAGUGACCGCUAGUCGGUCGCGGUAAUGUUUCUGGGUCCGCAUAUAAUAUUAUGAAUUGAAAAUGAUCUAUAAGUCAUCAUCGAUAAAUCAAGUACAAUGUGCUUGAUUCUUUUUCAUUUCAUACAGUCCAAAUAAUUAAUUAGUCUUCGGGAAAAAGUGUAUCUUGACAAUACAACAAGCUGCAGCAGCUCAUCAGGCGGAAACAAUGCAAGAUUUAAGAUAAUAAUCGAAAAUAUUGUCGUAAAUAGAGGUACAGAUAUAUAAGCUCUUUUGGUAUGGACUUAAAAGUAUUAUACAUAUUAGGCCAGUCAUUAUUAUGCCCUACCCUAACAAAUAUUAAAAUGUCGCCCCUGAUAAGGAAUGACUGGAUGUCACAAAAAAUUAAUGAUGUUUGCAGUAAUAUUAGAAUCUUGUAAUUUUAAAUGAUAUAUAUAUUAUUACUAUACCAGUAAAAUGUCACUAUAUGGGUUCAAAAAUCAUUAAUACUUAAUAUUUUCCUAAAGGAAAAUUUUCAAGGAACGUUUUUCAACUUCACACAAAAUCUAAUGUGACGUUGAAAAAGUGAGGUAUAUUGUAAAUAUACCUAAUUAUUCUGAAUAAUAUUGGUUAUAAAUGAAAAUAUAUCUAAUUACAGUAAAAAAUUAUUAUUUUUAACUAUUUUUAACAUUAUUAAUGGCAAAUGCAUGGAAAACUUAAAUCGUCAUUUUAAUUUUUAGACUAUGCACUAAAAUACAUGCUGUAUCUUUAUGAAAACAUUAAAGUCGGUAAGUAUUUACGUUGUGUUAUUAUUUAACACAAAUUACAUAUAAUCUAAUAUAUAAUACCUACUUAAAUAAUAUCUCUUUUCAAUUAUUAAAUCAGGAGAAAUAUCGAUAAAUUAUGACUCAGAACACCCAAUAAAUUUAUCAAAUAAAAACAAAUCAAGCGAAGUUCCAAGAACUAAACAACCUAUUCUGAUGUCUCCAAAACAUUAUUGUUUAAUCAUAUCAGGUUUGUUAAAAUUAAAUAAAGUUUAUUAAAAGUUCUCAAAAUAAUAUUAAAUCGAAGAAAAAUUAAAUUAAAAUUAAUGUUUACUUUAUAUUCUGAGUGCAAUGGCAAAGAAAUGAGUUUUUCUUAGGGUGCUUUUUUUCGGAAUACAUUUUCUUAUUCAGUAAAAAGGUACCUUGUAAAUGUGGAUUUUUUCAGUGAUACAGAAUUUUAAAAAUAUUUCUAAUUGUAUGUCUCAAAAAUAUAAAAACCUCAAAAAAAGUAAAAAUAAAAAAAAGGCCANUAUAACUGGAAAGUUACCAGUUUAUCGAGUUCCGUUCAGAAUAAAUUUGUAUCAUUUAAUUAAAAUUUAUUUUUGCUUUCAAUGUAUAAACUAAAUGACCCUACAUUUCUACAUAUAUGCAAUUUCUUAAAUGAAAUUAAUAUCCGUAAAAUUAUUAUUCUUACAUUUAUAUAAUAUAAUAGAUUCUGUAUAUUUUUCUAGAUGAAUUAAUUUCAAACACAAAUUAUAACGUUGAACAUUGGGUAGAUCGUGUUAUAGGUAAAUAUUUUAAUUAGAUUUUUAAUAUAACAAUUUAAAAGUUUUAAUUUUAAUUAUCAUCACUAAUAUAUAAAUAUUUAUAGAUGAACUUAAUUUAACUGUUAAACAUAUGUUUUUGUAAACAAAUGUAGAUACAUUGGAUAUGUAUAAUAUUUUUCCCGUUACUUUUGAGAAUUCCUAAAGCUGCUCCUCCCGGAACAAACUUAGCUUAAAUUCGGGAAAUAGAGUUGUUUUAUAAACAAACUGAAGUGAUAAAUGGAUUAAAUUUAAUUAUUAUGUUUUGGGAAGAAUGUUUUUUUUUAUUUAUCUUAAAACACCCCAAAUGACUCCCACCAACCCCUCCCCCCAAAUGAAUCCAAGAUUAUUAAUGCAAUAUUAUGUGUUGUAUCAAGGAUUUGUCUUAUAUUUUGGGUACUUCAAAACCAAACUCCCACAGUCUCUCCCCUACUAUUUGUUUACUCAAACAUCACAAUUCCCUUGAAAGUAUUAUAGUUCUAGUACAGUUUAAUAUAGUAUUGUAUUAAGUAUUAUAGCAUUUGAUUAUAGCUCAUCAAAGUGGUGCUGAUGAUUGACAGUCAUAUUUUUUUUAAUAGUUCUGAUAUAAUCAUGAACCAAGAUUAUAAUUAUAAACUAGAUACAAAAUAAGAUAUGUGGGUAGUUUUAAAAUCGUCAAAUCGUCUUAGUCCAUUAUUGUAAUACACAAUUUAACGAAGUAUAUGCUCGGUGGAGUCCAUUAUUCAUUGAAAUUAACUCUAAUAAUAAUAACAAUUACUGUUAUUUAUUUAUUUAUUAAUUAUUUAAUAUUUUAUCCUACGAGCCAAGCUACUUGUAUGUCUAUUCCACUAAUGCGUAUUUAGCAUAUUAUACGUAUUCAGCAUCAUGUCGUGAGGUACCGAUUAAAUAACUGUUUUUGACCAACAUCGUACCCUUCUGUUUUCGGUCGAUUCACUUUCCAGCCAAAUCGAAAUUUCAAUAGUUAUGUAAUAAUUAUGUAGAAGUUAUUAAAAAAUAUAUGAUGUUAUAUUGCAAUAUUAUAACAAUAUAUAUAUAUAUAUAUAAGUUUUGUGAAUAAUUAUUCAAUCAGUAGCUGAUUAGGACGAUCAGCAGAAACAUUACAAAACAUUAUUAAAUUUUGGUAAAAUCAAUCCAAUAGUGCAGUGCAACGGUUUUGAGGACUAUAAAAACGAAACAAUUGAAUAAGUUAUUAUGAAGCUGAUAUACAUUUGAAUGAAAAUUAAUCAUUUUUUAAUUUAGAUUGAAAUCGAUCAAAAAAGGAAGGUAUACGAAAGGGAUUAUCAAUUUAACCACCUACACAUUUUUACCUGUAGUUAUCUAUUUUCCUUCUUUACUUUAUUAAAAAUACACUUAUAUAUUUUGACUUAAUUAUAUAACUAAUAAUUACUCAAGUACAGGAAUAUGCAUAAAAAAAUGUAGAAUACAAAAGUUUUUUAAUGCAAAAAUAUUUAAAAUCAUACGUAUUUUUUUUUUACGGUUCUUUAUAUUUAUGUUCUACCAGAUAUCUUGGUCCACAAGCAUGACACCAUUUCUGAAAAAAAUUAUUGUCCAGAUGGUACAUUUAGGGCGUAAUUUUUUGAUUUUUUCAGCAGCUUUCAUACAAUUUGUGAAAAAACAGGAUACAACGUAAGAGAAACGUCCUAGAAUAAUAGAGCCGGGUGCAGCCACUGUUAUUGAUAAUGUAUUGUAUACCUGUAAGCAAAGAAAAGCCUUUGCUUGUGAAAAAACGAUUCUGAGUGGAAUUCAGUUAAUAGUGAUGCUUUUUCACCAAUAUAUAAAUAUACUCAUAUACUAAAUUAGAUACUCGUAAUCUAAAACACAGGAAAUUCACGAGUAUAAUGCUUUUAUUAUUUUUCCAAUUUUGUUAUUUGUUGUAAUUCAGUUAAAAAUAUUUGUAGAGACUUGAAAUAUGGACAGCCUACUUAUAUUUGCUUUUUUAGACUUGAUAAAAUUUUCAAAAAAUGUAAACAAUUUUUGAGCUAUUUUAUAGACAUUUUAUUUUGCUAGUUUAAUACGUAAUUUUUAUUCGGUAGGUGUUCUGUGUUGAAAAAUUAUGAAACUAAAUAGUAUUUAAAUAGUAGAAUUUAACAGGAGGUUCAUUAAAAUCAUUACUUUGUUGUCAAAAAAAAAAAAUUGAAUUCAAUAUAUUAUUUUUUUAUAAAGGAAUAUUUAUAUCAAAUUUUGACGAAAAUCUUUUAAGUAAAAUAUUACAUGGAACAAAAUCGAAUUUAUCAAUGUUUUUUUUUGAAUAUAUGUAUAUUUCCGAUUUAAGAACGAUGUUGAAGUAAGAAUUGAGCAGACUGAUACAUAGUUUCGAAAUUAUAACUUUUUGAAAUACCGAUAUUAUACAUUUAUACCUAUACUCGAGUUAUCAUUUCCAAAAAUAUUAGUUACAAAUUAAUUCAAAUAUAAGUGUAUUUUUUUUAAAAAAUUAAAAUAAACCAUACCUACGUCAAACACUAUAAAUUAAAAUAGGUACCCAAAAGUCGAUAUUAAUAUUCGAUUUCUGAUAAAAAUGUUUUCAAUUGUGAAGAAAAUAAAUGAUAAGUGAUAACAAAUGUAUGUAUGUAUAUUCCAUAGAUUCUAUGGAAUAUAUUACUCUACCGAAUAGAGUAAUAUAAAGAUACCAAUACAUAUUACGUCAAUAUAAAAUAUUGAAGACCAGAGAUGAAUGUAAAUAUUGUGUUACUACUUAAUCAUUUAGAAAUUACUGUACAAUUAUUGUAAAAUGUCAUAAUGGACAAAUUAAAGAAAAAUCGAGUUUAUAAAAUGUAUAUAUUUUUUUUUUUGAUCAUUAUAAUUAUUAUUACUACUAAGUAUUAUUAUUAUUAUUAUUAUUAUUAAAUAAAUAAAUAUUUAAAAAUGUUCAUUUUAUAAUAAGAUUAUAAAAUUAUAAUAAGAAGGCGUGAUACCUAAUGCUGUUCGCGUGCAACGCACGAGAGAUGAUGUUGCGCUCACCGUAUCUCCGCUGUUGCGAAAUAAUUAUUUAUCAAUGUUUUUACACGAAAAAACAGUAUUACGAGAAACAAAAUCAUUCUUUUAAUAAUUAUGAUAGAUCGAACAUUUUUUUUUUUUUUUUAAUAAGGAAUAUAUUUUCUGUGACGUACCUUUUUUGCAAUUUUCGAAUAACUUGUCUCAAUACUUUUAUAUUUGUAAACAAAAAACUUGAUAUAUUUACAAAAUUUGAAAAUUAAUAUUUUUAAACCUUUUUAUACUAAUUAAAAAAUAAAAACGCUACGUCACAGAUAAAGUUUUCCUUAUUAAAAUAAAACAAAUUGUCGAUCAAUCAUAUUUAUUAAUAACAUACUCGACAAUUAUGUUACAACACUCAAAUCACAGGUGUACCACGUCCUUUUAGCAGUUGUACUAGAGUUAUACAAAUUUCCACAGUGUAAACUUUUUUGAAUCAUAAAAUUAUUUUUUCUAUAUAUAUAUGUUUUAAAAUUAAAUUUGGAUGGAGUGAUUUUAUAUGAAUAGCCGAUUUUUUUGAAUAUAGGUCAAAAUAUCCAAAUUAUAUAGGUAUCUUUAAUCCUAUAUUAAUAAUAAUAAUAAUAAUAUAAUAUAAUUAUAGUUUAUGGGCAAUAAUUGUUGAGCAUUAACUACUUUNUAACACAAUAAAUAUAAUAAAAUAAAUGAUUGAUAGAGUGCACUACGAAUGAGUAGUUGUAUCUCUGGAGAUAAUAAAGAUAAUCAAAUUGUAGUUUUUUUUUUAUAUUACUCAUUAGGAUAAGGAUUACAAAUAUUUAUACUGCAAUUAAUUUUUUAUGUUUUGGUAAAAAAUUUAAAAAUAAUUUUUUAUUUUAUUGUUUUGAACAAUUUGAAGAUGAGCCAUUUUAUAGAGUUGAUUAUUCAGAAAUUUUUGACUUAUUGAUUUUUUGUUUUCAUUAAAUUCGUAACAUUUAAUAAUUUUUUAAAUUUCAGAGAAAAGAAGUAUACCGUCAAUAAAUCGUAAUAUUAAUCAUUUAAAGAAUGAGAUUACAG